AAUGCACCUUGUAGAUGGCAGCAGUAGCCUUCCUGUAGUUACACACAGAGGAGGGGUGGGGAGGCAGCCAGUACAUCAGAGCCAGAAAGACCCGUCGGACAGGUGUGAAGUCAGUGGAAAUGUGAUCACAGACGUGUAUCCUGGGACCUUCCUGUCUGUCUGUCUGUCUAAAGAGAGUCACCGAGGAGGAGGACACUUGGAUUACACGGGGACAAAAUAUCAAUCUUUGGGGAAUCAUGGUUCCCAGGAAAGGACAGACACCUGGAGAAGGCUUUAACCAAUAACCCAGCAGUCAAAGAUGGAUGACCAAAAGAUCCGACUUCCAGCUCGAACUUUACUGGAAUGUUCCAGUGGUGACAAGCUCUGCACUGCCCAAACUUAUCAGUAUGAGGUGAUUGUGGUGCCUGUCUUCCUAGUUGGGAUUACUAUCAUUCUGCUUGUCAUUAUUUUGUGGCUUCGGUACCGAGGAUGGAAAUCCACAAGGAAACAACCUCAAGGUCAUCUUAUCCAGCAUAGCCUUGGAGUUGUAAACUCAGGGAUCUCAUUGGAUGAACUGUCCUUGGAGGAUGUGCUUAAAAAAAAGGAUCCUUCUCUUUUAGCACUGGAGACACCAUGGGAGAGAAUAAGACAACCCAUGCAGCUAAUGGGGGAAGGAAGAUUUGGUCCCCUCUACAAGACUGACCUGAAAGGGCAAGAUGCCCUCUCAGAAAAUAGAGAAAUUGUUUUGAAACAACUGAAAGGCAAUGCUGAGCCAAAAGAUGUCCGUGAUUUCCUGCAGAGGGCAGCAUUUCAGGCCUGGUUGGGCACACACCCUUACUUGGUGGACAUGGUUGGGUGCUGUUCUAAUCAGAAGCCUUACUAUAUGUUGCUGGAGUGUGUGGAGCCGGGGUCACUUUUGCAGUUUCUCUGGGACUGUCGGAGGGAUGUUGUGUCAGUGCAAGGAAUACUCUAUGACAUUACAGAGUGCCAAGUUUACAUUAUCGCUCUACAGAUUCUGUCAGCACUGGAAUAUCUGCAUGAGCGUGAUCUUGUGCAUGGAGACGUAGCAGCAAGAAAUGUUCUUAUUCAGCAUAAUUUUAUCACUAAACUGACUGGCCUGGGAGGAGCCUGUGAAAUGCACUCAAGUGGAUCUUUUCCAAUGCGGAGGCCUACUCCUCUAAAAUGGAUGGCUCCAGAGCGUCUCCUUCAUUUGUCUGCUACCAGCAAAUCUGAUACAUGGUCCUUUGGAAUUCUCCUUUAUGAAAUGAUAACUUUAGGUGCUCCUCCAUUCCCAGAGGUUCCUCCUUCCAGCAUAUUGCAGCAUUUGCAGCGGGGUAACGUCAUGAAAAGGCCCUCCAGCUGUAAACAGAUUUUAUACAACACUAUGAAAUCUUGUUGGAUAUGGAAGGUAUCUGACAGAGUUUCUCUCUCUGAAUUGCGUAAGCGAUUAGAAAAUGGGAAGAAAACUGCAAAUGACAGGACAGUGCUGCAGGUCCCUGAGCUUGUGGUACCUGAGCUGUAUGAGGGUGUAGCUGGGACAGAGCCUAUCAAAAUGGAGACUGAUUACACUGUUCUUUAACAGCAACGUCUUCAAAGACGGACUUUUACAUUGUUCUUUAACGGCAACGUCUUCAAAGACGGACUUUUACGCCGUUCUUUAACGGCAACGUCUUCAAAGACGGACUUUUACACCGUUCUUUAACGGCAACGUCUUCAAAGACGGACUUUUACACCGUUCUUUAACAGCAACGUCUUCAAAGAUGGACUAUUACACCGUUCUUUAACAGCAACGUUUUCAAAGAUGGAUUUUUACACCAUUUUUUAACAGCAACGUCUUCAAAGAUCGACUUUUACACUGUUCUUUAACAGCAACGUCUUCAAAGACUGACUUGGCUGGUUACAAAAUGACUUGAAAUUAUUUAUUUAUGUGAACCAUAAUUUUUUUCUUUCUUUUUUUACAUGAAGGAAUAUUUUUCUGUACUUAAUAUGAAAAUAUAAAAAGAACUCUGAUUUAUUCAUGGGGAUGUUACAUUAACAUUUCUGAUCCUACCUGAGCGGUCCCUGGACAGUAGGAAAAGAUCAUCCUCCAUUAACAACUCUCUGUCGCCUCAUUAUCAACUCUGAUUGGAGGAUACUUAUUCAACUACGCUCUGCUGUCACAUUGCUCAGUGAUUUUUUUUCUUAUCUCUGUUUACAAAAUUAUUUAAUUUUUUUAUAUUUUUGGGGAUUGAUUGAAAUGCUUCAAAUUUAAAGUGAACCUAUAAGUAGAGUUAAUAAACCAGUAAUAGCGGUCUUAAACAAAAGAAAAAAAGUUUGGGCCGUAAAGGUAUGUACGAAAUGUGCCUGCAUUACAAUUAUGAUCCUAUUUUAGAAAAGCGCUUUAACUUUUAAAAAAAGGCUUCAAUAGUUAAGUGACUUGUGCACAUUUAGGAGAAGGUGGACCCUGAUGCUUCACUGUAGCAACAAAGAAGCCCCAUCUCAUGCUUCUGCCUGGGGUACAGCGUUUUCUCUGAUAACAGCUUAUAUAAUUAUAUAUACUCUUCUGUGGACCAUUUUA